GUCCAUCCGCCUCCAGAGACAGAGUUCGGGCUGCCGCGGACCAGAGCGCAUAGUUUGUCCUCUUCGGCAGCAGGGAUCUGCUACAGGCGCGCCUUUUCUGACCCGUCUUUCAAAACUCUGCCGCCAUGAGUAUCCUGACCUCAGACAACGGGUUUCUAUCUAUUUUACAGCCCGACACACCAUCCAGCAGCCUCGCCCUCCCGUCGGACAGAGAGCUCGAAAUUGGGACCGGGUCAUCGCGAGUCCAUGAGCAGAUAAGGCUGAGGCUAGCCCAGAAGUCCGUACGUCAGAAUGGAGUGGCCUCGAAAUACGCCAACUCAGACUAUGGCGGUUCAUCGACGAUGAAAUACAGCACCUACAGCCCAAAUUACAGCGCUAAGUCUUCCUACAUGUACUCUGGCUCUAAAACAAUGGGUCCUCAGUCAUCCCAACGGACAGGAUUCACCAGCCGGUCCGCUGCCCCAGACAUAGUCCAGUUUCAGCGGAUGAGUAUGGGUGGUGGUGGUGGUGGUGGCGGCGGUGGAGGUUUUUACCGGGAAGAUGUGCGUACUGGCGGCUUCCAGGGGACCGUCAGACAGAGCCGACUGGAUCAAGAUGCCAUGUCUGUGCAUUCAAUGCGCAACGCACCGGCGGUGCGUUCGUGGGUGAUGGACAACAGCGACGCUGGAAGCAUGGUCUCCGAACAAGAUGCCACCUUCGGCGGUCAGUACAGCCUGAAAUCAAUGAAUGGCUUCGGCUCCCAGAUGAGACAAGGAGGAGGCGCCGUGAUCUAUCAGACCGAGGUUCAGGCACCGACAGUUACCAACAUGCAGCAAAGUCUGAGCGGCACUCUGUCCCGUAGUAGCACUCUUAACCGUGGUGCCACUCCGGCAGUAGUAGGGAGUGAGUUUAUCCAGCAGCAACAGUCCUUCAGAGGCCCGGCUCACCGCACUCUCAGCAGGAUUGCCAACCGUAACCGGAUGAGCGGGGGCUCCAUGUAUGGCACGCAGAUGACAUCCAGCUCUGGCAACUUGAUCGGAGGAGACCAAGUGGACAAAGGAGGGUUUAUCGUAUCCACGCUCGGAUCUGGUUCCCAGAGCAACCUCUUGCAACGCCAAGGUACCCUGUCGCGGUCCAUGUCGAUCAAAAGCAUGCAGAGCGUGGGCAGAGGCAUGGACGUCUUUGGCGAGAUGGACAUGGAAGACAUGCCCCAAGGGUUCUUCGACUUGGACAUGCAAACGGCAGUUCACUACCUGAGGCAAGAAGACCUAGAAAUACAGUCCUUGGGUGCAGCGUUCAUUCAGCACAAGUGUUACAGUGAUAACAGGUCAAAAGAUGAGGUGCGAGAGCUGAAUGCCAUUGGUGAUCUGGUGAGGCUGUUCAACAGCGACAGCCCAGAAGUGAGCCGUUAUGCCACCGGCGCUGCACGCAAUCUUAUCUAUCAGAACCACGACAACAAGAAGGCCCUCAUCGACAACGACGGCAUCCCAUCGCUGAUUGAGGCGCUCGGACAGCCUGAUGAUGAGCUUUCCAAAAACGUCACUGGUAUCCUGUGGAAUCUGUCAUCCAAAGACCAUUUCAAGGAGUUCCUGGCCAAGACCACAGUCCCUCAUCUCGCUGAGAGGGUCACCGUUCCUGUUAGUAGUCAAAUGGAAGAGUGCGCAAAGACAAUUGCAGAAGGAAAUGCUCCCGGAAACUCUCCCUCCAUGGAAGAAAUAUUUUGCAAUACGACAGGAUGCAUCAGGAAUCUGAGCUCUGGGAAAGAAAAGACCCGUACAUAUUUGCGAGAAGCAAAAGGGCUGGUGGAAUCUUUGGUGAAAUACCUUCAGUUUGCCCUUGAACUGGCCAAGGCAGAAGAAAAGGGUGUGGAGAACACAGUGUGCAUCUUAAGAAACCUCUCUUACCAUAUCUACGAAGAAAUGCCUCCAUCUCAUAAAUUGAACAUGAACUGUGACCUGAAGGAAGAUGGGCAUUCGAACGUCGGCUGCUUUACACCAAACAGCAAAAAGGCCAAAAGCAAAAUGGAAGACAAGAAUCAUCUGAUAUUACGUGCUGCAACAAAGGAGCCAAAAGGCAUGGAGUGGCUGUGGCAUCCUAAAAUAGUGGACCUGUACAGAAAAGUGUUAGAAUCGUGUGAAAUUAAUGCUGUCACACGGGAAGCAGCCGUUGGAGCCCUGCAGAACCUCACCUCUGGAGAUGAGGCGUGGGCUGCAUCAAUAAGCGGCUAUGCUGCGGGCACAGUAAGAAUUGUGCCUACCCUGAUGGACCUCAUGCGCACAGACAGGGAUAGUGACCUCCGUUCGCUGACUGCCUUGAUGAGAAAUUUAACCCGUCACACAUACAUCCCAAAGAUAUGCGCCCCCCUGGUAGAGAAGUUGCCAGACGACGGCAGACAGAAGACGCCUAGCGCUGAUGUGGUGAUCGCCAUCUGUGGCGCUCUCAAUAACUUGGUGAUUCAAAGUUUAGACUCUGCCCGUGAUAUCGCCAAUUGUGGUGGCUUAAAGAAACUGAAGGGCAUCAAGAAUGAUUAUGAACCCAGCAUCCCAGGGAGUCAAGCAUCCACAGCUGCGAGCACUGUCCUUUCCAACAUGUAUCAUUACAAGAAACUACACAAGUUAUUCAGAGAAAAGGGUUUCAGAAAAGAAGAUUUACAGCCAGGAUGCUGAAGCUGUGUGACGUAGGAUCUGACACCUUUGUAAUUCUGCAACACAACGUGCAUCAGUGCAACAACGGACCCAGCAGGACUAUGAUUGGCUCUGAUAUUACUAUCUGCACCCAAACUACUUUCAACACUGGCUCCUGCCAGGGAUUUUAUUAUAGAGAAGCACAAAUUUAAACAAAAUGGCUUAAAAAAAAACAACAACCUCUAUUGCAGACCCUUCUGCACUCGCUAGAAUUUAGCUAUGUAAAUAGUGCUUUUAAUUUUGAAAAGAAAUUGGAUUGAAUGUUAUAUUGUGCUUUCCUAAUAGAUGUUCUCAUAAGAGCCAGUGCCUAACCUUGUUUCAUUUGAAUGGAAACCAGAGAUGUAUAAAAAAAAAUAUUGGAUGUACAUAUCUUUGCAUUAGGGGAUCAUUUUUAUGGACUUGCAUGCUUUUUAAUGUUGGAAAAAAUACAUAUAUAGAAAUUAGUUGUAUUUAGCUGGAGUAAUAAAUUCUGUGCAGUUAAAUGUAUAUUUUCUUAAUUUUUUAGCCACAUAUCUAAAGUUGAGGACUUUUAAGUUUUGAAAUGAAUGAUGCAUAUCUAAGCACCUUUCAGACUUGUUAGUAGACAUAUUUCAAAAAUUGUGUAUAUACUUUUUUCAAGAUCAGAUUUGUAAACAUCACUCAGUGGUGUAAGUGGUGAACAAUAUGUGGGUUUUGCAGGAAACUUCUUCGCUUGUAUGUGUCAUACAGAUGUAUCAUCUGACUUAACAGCUUAAUAAAGACAUACUUGGAAAUAA